CUGUCGCGGCGAGUCGACACCUCAGUGAGCAGUGGCCAUGCGCGUGUUGGAAGAGCCGGGGCCUCAGGCCACAGCGACCGGGUGUGGGUGCGUGAAGCCGGCUCUGGAAACAGGGAAUCUUUUAACUGAGCCAAUUGGCUACUUGGAAUCCUGUUUCUCGGCCAAGAAUGGUACUCCAAGGCAGCCGUCUAUUUGUAGCCAUUCACGGGCUUGUUUGAGAAUUAGAAAGAGCAUCUUUAAUAAUCCUGAACAUUCCUUGAUGGGCUUAGAACAGUUUUCUCAUGUUUGGAUUUUGUUUGUUUUUCACAAAAAUGGUCAUUUGAGCUGUAAGGCAAAAGUGCAGCCUCCGAGGCUGAAUGGAAUAAAGACUGGAGUUUUCUCCACAAGGAGCCCACAUCGUCCCAAUGCAAUAGGACUGACCCUGGCCAAACUGGAAAAGGUAGAAGGUGGAGCUAUAUACCUUUCUGGAAUUGACAUGAUUCAUGGCACACCUGUCCUAGACAUAAAGCCCUACAUAGCUGAGUAUGACUCGCCACAAAAUUUGAUUGAGCCUCUACAGGACUUUAAUUUACAGAAUAACCAAUAUAAAUCCCAAAACACAUCCCAGUCUGAUGACAAGACUGACCACUGUGACCAGCGACAGCUCUCAAGGUGUGAUAAACCACAAGCCUGUAGUCACACUAAGGAAAAACCUAAAUGUCGUGAAGAUGGAACUUCAGGAGCAAACUACAUGAAACGUGAUAACUCAACAAAAGUCCAGCAAAACUCCCCUCAGCCCAGGGAGAUAGCAGCAGAUUUGGGUGUAGAAUCAAGAAGUGAUCAGAGUCUGAGUGUGGCAGAAGAACAAAUUGGCUCAAAUUGCCCGGGGAAGAGCUUUUCAGAGGAAGGAACAGAAAAGAGGCUAAAGAGAGGGAAGGAAGCAGUGGUCGUACAAGGAAACAGUGCGGAGAUGCAGCCGGUGGUUCUUCACUGUCCUUCCAGGAUGGCUGGUGCAGCCCGCCGCAGCGCAGUCCCUGACUGGGUUAGAGAGGCCCCCGUGACCCCCUUGGAAGUCCGCUUCACUCCUCACGCAGAGACGGACCUCGAGCACCUCAGUUCAGAAGGUGAGCCAGAUGGCAGUCAGCCUUCAUUUAAGUAUUUUCAAUCAGCAGAGGAAGCAAGGCAUGCCAUUGAGGCUGUGCUGUCAGCCGACCCGCGGUCUGUGUAUCGACGGAAGCUCUGCCAGGACCGCCUUUUCUACUUUACUGUAGACAUAGCACAUGUCACUUGCUGGUUUGGUGAUGGCUUUGCAGAGGUUCUAAGGAUCAAGCCAGCUUCAGAGCCUAUUCAGAUGACUGACCCCGAGGAGUCCUUGGUAUCUCUGGGAUCGAACUUGUCCAGAAGAAAGAGACACAAUACUCUGUACCUUGCAUAAAUGUUAUCUGAAUUUUAGCCUUUGCUUUUUGGUGCCAGUAGGGGGAGCCCUUGAUAACUGAUUAUUUUCACUAGCUGGGAAAUAAAUUCCAGGAGUUCAAGCUAUUUGGGUAAUUUUGGCUUUCAGCCCACUUACCCCAGCUUUCCAGAACAGUAACUUCCACAAGAUGCUUCCACUGAUGCUUGUCAAUCAUGUAUAGGGAGAGAUUAGAGGAUGAGUGCCAUUUAUUAAAUUUUUAAAUUGUAGCUUGGCUUAAGGGCUAGGAUGGAUUAUUUUAGCAUGUGGAGGCUGUGCACAACCAGAUAGACUCAUUAGCCAAACCCAUGAGCAUGUAUAUACAAGGCAUUCCCUCUGUUCAUGUAUUUGCGACUUUUUUCUUUGGAAAGAAGAGAGUGGAGUUGAAGAUACCAAUCAGCCUCUUGUUGGUAGUUUUUCUUUUGGUCUCAAAGAAGGUAGGUGAAGACUCAGCAAGAGUGAAAUCUGUAUCAGUUACUGAACUUCUGUUACGUCCUUGGCACCGGGCUAUAUGCUUUUCAUACACUGAUCAGAGGUUAAGUAACAUGCUGAAGCUCACACAGCUGGUCAGCCGUGCACUGAGGAUUUCAGCCCACCGAGUCCGGUCCCAGAGUUGGCUCCCAUCCCAUCGUGGCUCUGCGGUCUCCCCUGUGCAGAUGCAAAUGCUCAGCAAACCAUGCUGGUUUAUUUGAGGGUCAGCAGUUUCAUGUGUUUAAUAAGUGCAGGACACUUACAGUGAUGUUCAUGGGAGUCCAAGCACUAAAUACAGAACAGGGGGAGGAAUACAAGUAGAAAUGCCUAUUCCUACCAGGUCUCUGUGGAACCUCCUGCGAAGCAGUGUGGGAGAUGUGGAGAGUACUGAAUUUGGCCUCAGAAACUUCAAGUGCUGUUUUCUGCUCUGCCCUUUGCUAGCUGUGUGACCCUGGGCAAGUUACUGCACCCAUCUCCAAAUCCCUGACCUUACAGAGUUGUUACGGGGAUAGUACUUGGGAAAGUAUUUUCUAAACUCUUCAGUGGUGUACAAAUGUAGGUAAUAUUUUUACUGUGCCUGUCAUCAUUGACACCCUUUUUUUGCCACUGUGCUCUGGCUCACCUGCUUGGACAAGAAGACUCAGAGGAACCAACUGGGUCCUUAAAAUACAAGGUAUGGAUAGCCUAUGUUUUCUUUUUUUAUUACAGAAUUUUUUUUUGAAAGGACCCCUUUUAGCAAGUUAUAGGAUGCUUUGCUAAAGGAAAUAUCACAGAAUGCCACUGCGUUAAGGACCCUGUUGACAUGAAGCCACAUGCCCAGGGCAGCAUCUUCCCUCCACCCGGCCGUCCCUUCUCAGAUUGCAUGUAUGUCACGAACUGCCUUCUUUGCCUGUGUAUAAAAUCAGCCCGUCAACCCCUUUCUCAUACGUGAUCCUAUUUAGUGCCUUUCUUUUUGACCUUCUUUCCUGUUUCAGCCCAGAUGCUUCAGAAAUAACUCUGCAUUUCUUUUAUAAGAAGAUAAAAGUGUAGUCAUGUUCUGAAGUUAUUCUCUGUGACAGAGAAGAGGCAAGUCAUAAGGGUUAAAGCUCAAUGAAAUGAGACCGGGAUUUUCUGUUAUUGUUAAAAUAAGGCUCCUAAUACAGGUCGUCACCAGAUGACUCUCCAGCAUCCUCUCUAUUCUGCUCUCUGCCUCUUCUCCGCCUUUGUAGAUUACAGCAGGUACAGCUGACAGGAUUCAAGGCUAGGUCAGUGCAUGUGUCUGUGAAAAGGCAUAAGAAAAGCCUUUUCAGUGUCCACAGGAGGUAGAAAUUCAGUGGUCCACUCUUGUGUUGAUGGAAGGAGCCACUUACUUAUCCAGUGAACUCACACCACACUAACCAAUCAAAUUUGAAUCGAGGUGUGUUUAUGUUGUGUUGCCAAAAAAGGUAGGAUUGGAAGGAACAUGAUGUUAUCUCUCUCUGCUGCCUUGUAGAUUCUCAUUUGAGAAUUCUAUUCAGAUUCUUCACUAAUUCAUGCAGUUUGAGAUACAUAAAACUUUUUUAUUCAGUAUUAACAGUUUUAAAGUUACCCACAUGCUCAGUACUGAAGAACUAAUAGUUCUUCACAUUGGUAGAGAUGUUAUGGUUUACAGAGCAAUUUAAAGUAUAUUAUCUUGGGAAGCCCGGGUGGUUCAUUCUGUUAAGCAUCCGCCUUUGGCUCAGGUUACGAUCCCAGGGUC